GUAUUCCGCUUGCGGACUCCCAGCACGAGAAAGGAUCCGAAAAGACCGGCAGUUCAAACCUGCGAAGCGGCAUUCACUGGCAAGGCCGAUCAGCAGCGUAGCGUCCGCCUAGCCUCCUGACGUGUAGGCGCAACGUGACAUUCUUCGAUCGCUCUUCUUUCAUCGGCUCAGGCGCGUAUUUCGGACAGCAAGAGAAGGAGUAACGAACCUGAGCCGGGGAUGGAGGUCGAGCAGCAGCCGGUCGGCGACCCCGCGGGCGCCGCGGGCGGCACGGCGCCGGCCUUCGACGCCUUCCUGCAGACGGGUCGCACGGGGCGUCGUAACGCCCUCCCCGACAUCCUCGAGGAGGGCGCCACUAACGUCAGCACCGCGUCCCUGCCUUGCUCCUUCCAGAAGCUCUCGUGCAGCGACCCGUCACCGAACACCAACUCCGCAGAAUCGUCAACGGACAAGCCUUCGACGUCGCAGGGGCCACCCAAGUCCUAGUGUGCCUGCCCCUCGAACACAGGAACUAAGGUGUCUGUGUUGGUGAAAACGUUGUUCCCCAUGAACUGGCCCUCCGGCCAGGGCUGCUUCAAGAAGUCCCCAGCCACACCCACACGGCAGGGCGGCCCUCGGCGAAAUUCUCAUUCGCACGGAUUGCUGGUAGUGUCGCUGUUACGCGCUUAAUGUUUGCUCUGCACUCCACUUAUGAUAUGCCCGUUUGAUACAGCGCAGCUCGAGAGAAAGAAAAAAGCAACAGUAUCUGGACAAUGUGAACCACUAAGCGGCUAUUUCGUGAUGUCACACCAGCGGCAGUGUACGCGUAAAGACCCGAAUAGCAUUCCUGAAAAUGGGACUCUACAAAACAGGCCUGCGUUCAGAAUCUGGCAACUCUUCGGACACUCGUGCUUUUGCGUCUAGUUCAUAAAUUCUAAAUUUGGAAGUAAAGAUCAAAACGCAGAGAUCUUGCGCACCCCAUGUAUGCGCAGCUAUGUAUGGCAGCGUGUUGGGCAUACGUGCUGAAGUGUUCGCUGUGCGCCCCCUUUGUUAGGUGCAGCGUGCUCCGAUCCGAUCGUUUUCUCAUUGCUAAACGCCUCGAGUGUGCUGCCUUUUUGUUACCAGCGUCUACGUGCAGCUCUCACUAAUUUGUGCAGGUUUCCACGUAAUGCACCUUCCUUAAAGUUCCUCUUUUCCUCAACACGCGCAGUCAUGGCAAGGCAGCUUGACACGUCGUACACUUGCCACGGAGUGAGCCCUUCCUUAAUGCACUUUUAUAUUUAUUUAUUUACUCGUUGUUCGUAACUAAAUGUCGUCCGUAAGCUUAUACCAGCGCGAGCUCUUUGCUUCGGCUUUCGGGUCGGACGGCUCCGGCCCUGCGCCGCAGCGCGCGUGCGUGCAGCUCCGAUCGUGUCAACUGAUCCCGAUUCGGUAGCGCCUGCGGCAAGCCUUGUUUUUAUUUUAGUAUGCGUGCGUAAAUACAAAAAUAGCCCGUUACGCGUGGUGUAUGUGUACUUUUCCGAACUGUCUCGUGAUGUUAUCGCGAAAGCGCGUGAUCGCGAACCCAAAUCGCGACGUUUUGUGGCAUUAGUGAUACGUGACCGACUUUCCUUUAAUGGCGGACGUGUUGCGCGGGCGGGGGAAGCGCCAGAGAAGCGAGGCGAAAAGAAAAGUAAAAACGCUCGCCUUGAGGUGCUCUUCGUCUACAGAGCUUGUUGAAGGUUCUGGUUGUGUUUUGUACACAGAGAAACGAGAGAAAUAAACUUUUCAGUCUAUA